AUGUCAGCUCCAGCCUCAGCUCUGGAUGUUUUGAUUAUUGGAGCAGGUCAAGCGGGGAUGGCUGCGGCUCAUCGUCUUCUCCACAAGGGCGUGACGAACAUCCACGUGGUGGAAGCACAUCCACACGUUGGUGGGAGAACUCGCAAUGUGGAUUUGGCCACGGGCAUGUAUGAUCAGGCUUCCGAUCACGCUGUGGAAUUGGGAGGUACUUGGUUGAGUCCUAAUCAUGCAGCCUUUUUGGGACUCUGCCAAGAAUUGGAUAUACCUAUCUUUCGAGCCAGCCGCAUAGAUCCAGCCCAGGCAGAGCAAGGAAAGGACAAACAAAGCGACGGUGAUGACGACUGGCCGUGGUGGUACUGGGGACCCGAGUACACAAAUGAAGAAAUGAGUGAACAGCAAGACAUACUCUUGUUUCAUGAAACCAGCAAGGGUGCAAACACUACCCAAAAGACCCGUUUUCGGACUCAUCAACAACUCUUGGCUGCCUUGGACAAAACGACGCUGGAACAACUGCACCAAGCUGGAAACAUGAUCUGGAACGUCUCGCUGGGGCAACAAGUUCCCGACCUUUCUUGGGAAGCUCACAUGCCGGGAUCUCGCUGGGAUGAACUGGAUGGAUACACCACAGCUGCCAAACUCAUGCCCCAACUUUCCACCACCAAUGCCCGCAACAUUCUCAGACAAGUCAUUCACAAUAAAAACGCCCAAGAACCAAACCAAGUGGGCUAUCUGUACAACUUGCUCUCCUUCAAGGGGUGCAAUAGUGAUGGCCCCGACAAUGAGUAUCGUGUCCAAGGUGGUACUCAAGCCGUCCCAUUGGCCAUUGCACACAUGCUAGGGCCCGAUCGAUUAACCUUGGCCGAUCCUGUACAGGUCAUUCGAGGAGCAGCAUCCGGCCGGUAUCAAGUGAUUUCUCGGUCCAACAAAGUCUACACGGCCAAUCAUUUGAUCGUGACUGGUUCUCCCCAUGCCAUCAUGGGUCUGCACUUUGACAAUCCACCCCUGCCCGGUGAACACGCACAGCUAUUGCAACGAAUGCCCAUGGGAACUUGUCGAAAAGUCAUGGCGGUGUACAAGCGAGGACCUUGGUGGCGAGACCAUGGACUGACCGGGGAUAUCAUUGCUUCUCACUUGCCUUUGGAGUUGUCCGUCCCUGUGGAUAGCACCCAUACAGAAGAUCGACAACCCAUCUUUCCACAAUGUUACGAUACAUCUCCCUACUCACUGCAAUAUGGCGUGAUUACCUGUUUUGUGGAAGGCCGAGCCAACUUGUAUUACUCUAGCUUACCCCAUGAGAAGCAAGAGCAGCUGUUUCGAGAGUUUUUGAAGCUAUCCUUUGCAGAGUACAUUCCACCUGGCGAUGAUGCAUCCGGCUGGGACCCCGACGAGAUUCUCAUGCACAAUUGGGCAGACGAUCCCUUUGCACGAGGUGCUUACACGGGUUUUUUCGGCCCUGGUGUCUUGUCGGAGCCUGCCUAUUGGUCGGCCUAUCGUCAAAUGGAAAAGCUGCCAAACGUUUGGAUUGCCGGAGCCGAUUACCAUAUCGGGUACGGGAAUGGUUAUAUCGAAGGAGCCGUACGAUCUGGACAACUGGCCGCAGACCAGAUUCACAAACGAAUGCAAGGCAAAUCUUUGGACGAGUAG